AUGUCUCAAGCACCAUCUAGGAAGUUUUGGCCUUCUCAGGUAGAAGACAGCCAAAACCGUGCUGGUUCCGGUAGUACCAACAACAACCCGCCAUCUUGCUCAGCAGUCAGGAAGCUUGUGCGUUCUUCAGCAGAAGACGGGCAAUACCGUGGUGAUCCGAUUAUACAAAUGACAAACCACUAUCGUUUCAAGAUGUGGCUCCAAGACCUCUGUACUGAACAUUUGAAAGUUCAUUAUGGAUCCAUGACUAAGCGGCCGCCGUCGGCCGGAGCACUGACUCAUGGUAACUAA